AUGACCGGCUGCACAGCCAUGAAAAGAUUAAGUUUAGGCACUGAUCAAUCUGCUCUAUUAGCCCUGAAAGCCCAUAUCACGUCAGAACAGCAUGAAUGCUUGUCAAGAAACUGGUCUUCUGCAGCUUCUGCAUCCUCUGUGUGUGACUGGAUAGGAGUCCAGUGCGGCUCUCGACACCAAAGAGUCACUGCUUUAAAUGUUUCAAACAUGGGACUCACCGGCACAAUACCUCCGGAUUUGGGAAACCUCUCCUUUCUUGUUUCUCUUGAUCUCAGAAGUAACUCCUUCCACGGCAGUCUGCCCGAAGAGUUGUCACAUCUACGCCGCCUGAGGCUCAUCUUGUUUUCCAACAACAGAUUCACUGGGGCGAUUCCAAUGUGGUUUGGUCACUUUCCAGAACUCCAAUUCUUGCUCCUGGACAUCAAUGGUUUUAGUGGUUUUAUUCCUUCCUCUAUAUCCAACUUGUCAAGAGUGGAAAAGUUAGAUCUAAGCGAAAAUUUCCUGCAAGGAAAAAUUCCAGAAAAGAUAGGAAAUCUUUCAGCCCUCAAAUUGCUGAAUUUUUAUCGGAAUUAUUUAGCUGGUCAAAUACCAUUGAGCUUAUGCAAGAUUUCUCAACUAAAAGCGCUAGACUUGUCAUCCAACAGGUUUGGCGGGUACAUACCCAAAGAAAUUGGAAAUCUGGAGAAGCUUACGUAUUUAUCCCUCAUGAAUAACAACUUCACAGGUAAUGCUUUUGCUUUGCCUUUUUGCAUACGAACAAGGCCAAACUGCAAUCAAUGGUAA